AUGCCUGAAACAAGAGAAAAUAGCGAGACCUCGUCUCCCGGCUCUGGUUCUUGCUUCAACAGUGUUUGGAUGGAACAGACCCGGGGUUCCCCCAACUCCCCUCGCGCUAGAUCUUCGUCCUUCUGCAGCCCGCCAGCCCCUGGGACCACCCGACUCCCCGCUUUCGAGACCAUCGGCCUCCGGGACCAAAUCCGCCAAAACUCCUCCGAGGCCGAGGCCGAGGCCGCGGUCAACCGCUUGGCCAACCUCUACCUGCAGGCCUCCUACUCCUACCUGUCCCUGGGUUUCUAUUUCGACUGGGACGAUGUCGCUCUGCCGAGGGUGUCGCAUUUUUUCCGUGACCCGGCGAAGGACAAACACGAGGGCACUGAGCGCCUUAUGCGGCUCCAGAACCAACGUGGGGGCCGGGUCCUCCUCCAGGCUGCGCAGAAACCUGGUCAAGAUGAGUGGGACCGCAGCUUGGAUGCCAUGGAGGCUGCCCUGAGCCUGGAGAAGGGCUUGAACCAAGCCCUCCUAAAGCUGCACGCCCUGGGCUCCAGCCAAGGGGAUCCACACCUCUGCGAUUUCCUGGAGAGCCACUACCUGGGCGAAGAGGUGAGGCUGCUGAAGCGCCUGGGCGACCACCUGACCACCCUGCGCCACGUGCAGGCCGACCCCCAGCCCGGGCUGUUCGAGUGGCUAAGCCUGAAGCACGACUGGGAGGAGCAGCUCCACGAGAAGGCCAACGGGGCCCACAAUAAAGAAUAA